GUGUUUUUGCUGUAGAGUAAACAUCAUCUCUGGUUUGGACACUCGCCAGAAUAAAACGUCAACUGCGGUUGUGGAAAGAACCUUUUUACCGGCGUCCGUACGUGCAACCAUCACGUCGCCCCUUUGUGCACUAUACACGGCGACCACUUUUGCAAACAUCAAGUCGCACCUUCGUGCAAACAUCACGUCUUCCCUUUAUGCACAAUACACGGCGGCCACGUUUGCAAACGUCAAGUCGCAUCUUUCCUCAAACAACAAGUCACCCAUUUGCGAGAACGUCAAGUCAACACCUGCAAGUGCGAAACUCUCAAAGCUCUCUGACAACUUUAUUGACCUACUGCGAUAUGAAAUCUUUUUGUGAUAUCAAAUGGGAUGUAUUUGUACCAUAUUUGUUUUAUUCUGGAAGUGUGAUGCUACUAACCAACCAAAUACCUUUGAACAACUUCAAUUUUACAAGGUUAAACUAUGAAAUUACCAAGAAAGGAGAGGGUGCAAUAAUUGCAGGUUAUGCUGUUAUGCGGACUAUGACGUUAUUCGACAGGAGGUUCAGACUUGCAAGGGCAAUGCAUGACAUCUUGAACAAUGCAGGAUUUAUUGGAGAUACUAGAAAGGGAAAAGCAAGAAUAAACCAUUUCGUUAAGAAAGGAAACUUUGAACUGACUUGGGAAAACUUCUCCUUGUUGUAGCCGAAGCACAUACGCCGUACUAACAGAAA